AUGUCACCCCCAUCACCACUCUAUUCCGAUAUCCUACGGGGUGGCGUCGCCAGUGACCAGUCAAAAAAACAACCGCCCACCGGAGCUGAACGGAAGUUCGAGGGAUCUCAAACCCUUCGGCGCAAGCAGGGACCCAUCAUGGUGGAUGUUAUCAAGAACGAUGUUGCUGUAGUGGAAACCAGAUUCGAUACCAAUAUGGAUCCAUUCACCAUCGAGAGCAAAGCAGUCAGACUCAUAAACAGCAACAACGCCUAUGCUCUCCUUACACCGGGUGAGGAGUUGAGACCUGUUGUUGAAAGAGAUCGACAGGUCUCCCGGCACAAGUAUACGACCAUUCAAUUCGAAAGUAGGAGAGUGGAUUUCAGGGACGGCACACAGUUUCUGGUAUUAGGUUACCACGAGAGUCUCCUCAAGAUGCACCGCUCCCAGUACUGGAAUUUACAGUUCACGCAGCUUGAACAGGCCCGUCAUAUCGUCGUCCUCCUCGAAGCAGCAUAUGCUUCCGUGAAGGAGCUUGAAGGGCACGAGGGCCUGCUCGAUCCGAUGAAGCAGUACUGGGGCCAGCUCAACCACGGUAAUGGUCCGGAAUACACCUACUCCAUCCUGGUAGACCACUAUGACAAGGAAACUGGUACUCUGAGGCCUUGGAAGAAGCUCACAGAGGGUGAGGCUGACGCUUGUCUUACGGACGACCAGAAGAUGAAAAGCAAUGCCGUGCUCGAGCAGCUCACGAAAUGGAAACAUCUGCAUGAACAACUUCAGAAUGAAGACGCCAGUUAUCAUCCGGAUCCCGACCACCCUGAUCAUCUGCGUGUCAAGAUCAUCAAGCAAAUAAGGAGUAUUAGGUUCUUGAAGUUCGUCAAAUAA